GCCCCUCUCAGAGAGUGCCUGUGUGUGUGUGUGGUGGCAUGUGUGGGUGUGUGUGUUAGGGGAGAGAGAAGGAGAAAUGUGCUAUGCACACACACACAUACACACACACACUUGCAGAGUGAUCUCAGCAUUAGGCACAGAGAAAGACUUUGAAGAGGAGAGCAGACUGCAGUCAGCAGGGGAAAACCUUAUUCUUCACACAGGUUGAACCGAGUUUUUUUUGGCCCCUUUAACCAUGUGGCUUCAUAGCACAUAGCAUCUGGCGAGAAAAAAAAAUGGGGAACCCCUGAUUCCAUAUGGUGAUUCAUUAUUAAUAUUUAGCCAAGUCCUACAAAGUUGAUCUUGAGAGCAGAGCAGAGUCCACCUGCCGUCCAUCCUCACAGGAAUGGUGGAUCACUUACCUUUUGGUGAGAAGACCUUCCUGUACUACACUGGCUCAUCUGCGUGUGACCGCAGCAGCAGCGGGCGAGUGCCACCGGGUGUCAUGGUGACCGACACAUGCGUCUACCACCCCCUCCACCCUUACCAAGGGGUGUCUUCAUCGCCGGGGCUCUCCGAGGACGACCUCAGCAUCUCCUCAAGCCCUCGGUCGUCGCUGUGCUCCAGCCCAGAGUCCUUGUCUUCCUCGUCCUCGCCCGAAACCCACACCCAUGUCAGCUCUUCAGGGGGCGAGAGUCAAGACAGCCUGUUGGACCUCCUCCUCUCACAGGGAAUGACAACCUCUACCAGCUCGCUAUCCUUACCACCUUCUUCCUCUCCUGCUGCCCCACUUUUACCCAUGGGCCUCACUUGGGAAUCCAAGAGGGAUCAGAGGUUGGGUCUCCUCCAGCAUCAUGCCAAAGAGGACUACUACGAGUUCCCAGUAUUCCUGGAUGAGUUGCAGGAUCCGGCGGCACUCCUCUUCCAGCCCACACUGGAGGAGAUCGAAGAGUUUUUGGAGGAGAACAUGAUGGUGGCCAUUGAGAAGGAAGAUGAGGGAAGCGACGAAGCAAUGUCGCCAACGGCGGAGGAUUCAGAGGCCGAAAGUGCAAAGACGAUACCAAGGGAGGUGUUGCAGAACUUGGAUCAGACUGUACCUGGGGCUCUUUCUCCUCCGUCCUACCGAGAGACCAAACAGGCACGACAUGCAUCCAACCUGGACUCAACAGUAGAUACUAGCUACAGUGGAGUGGAUGGGAUCAAGCAGGAAGACUGUGGAUCUCCAGCAGCCUCAAGAGAAGGCACCAGUGCUGCCUCCAGUGUGCCAGUCAUCCUCCAAAUCCACCCCAUACAGAUCAAACAAGAGGCUCACCCAGGCGCUGUCUCGGACCCUCAAACUCAGGAAGCUCACCCUCAGAAGGGUGCAUCAGAUAUCAAGAUCGCCCAGCUCCUGGUCAACAUCCAGGGCCAAACCUUCGCCUUGGUGCCUCAGCUGCUUUCCCCAGCAAACAUUACCUCCAGCAGCAAAGCAUCCUCCAAAUUUGUACGGAUUGCGCCGGUCCCCAUCGCUGCCAAACCCAUGGGGCUCGGGGAAGGUGGAUUAGGCGGCGGGUCGGCUGCUGGGGUCCUCAGCAGUGGUCAGAGGUACCAGAAGAGUGCGGUGGCAGACCUUAUUAAAAUGCACAAGUGCUCUUUUCCGGGCUGUAAUAAGAUGUACACCAAAAGCAGUCACCUCAAAGCUCACCUAAGGAGGCACACAGGAGAGAAGCCUUUCGCAUGCACGUGGCCUGGCUGUGGAUGGAGGUUCUCCAGAUCGGAUGAGCUGUCUCGACACAGACGCUCCCACUCCGGAGUCAAACCAUACCAGUGCAUCGUCUGCGAGAAGAAGUUUGCCCGCAGCGAUCAUCUAUCCAAACACCUCAAAGUCCACCGCUUUCCACGAAGCAGCAGGACAGGGCGCUCUGCAAACUGACCCCAUCAACCCCCCCCUGCUCUGACGGACUAAAGGCAAAGAGGGCGGGCGAUUGUAUUGUGACGAUGGAGCACAGAGGACGGGACACCCUUUUAAAAGGAUGGAUGUACUGUGAUUAUUUUGGAAAAAAGACUAAGGUACAAAAUGUUACUUGACAUACAAACAAACCCUCACAAGUGGAAUAAGCUUCUUGUACAGUCGUCUCACACAGCCUAAUCAUAAGUCUAAUUGUAUUUUUCACACUUGCAAGUGUACAGUAUAUUGUAAAUGUAAAAAAAAAGCCUUAUAGAACAGGUGCAUCACUGAGGGUUCUAUUUUUAAAAACCCAAGUGAGCAUUUUUGCCUUUCUGGAACCAAAUGUUGGCCAACAACACAUAUUUCUUCACUGAAUAUGCUGGACAUGAGGACGACUAUUGUGGCCUUAAUCCCCCUGCUCAGUACAUGGACUCCAGCGACUUUUAUGGGUUUUCUUCAAGGAAGGCAGCCACCCCACACUCGAACAGUCAAGGUUUCAUCAUUAGCGGGAGUUUUCCUUGCCUCUGUCACCAAACAACAGACACUAUAGAAGAAUAGAAGUGACCUUGCUUGACAAUAUACCAGUCAAAACUGACAAAACCAUCUUCAAACUGGAAUGAUUAUUGGUCUGGGUGACAGGCAAAAACCCUGUUGGUUUUGAAUGAUGGCAAUGACAAUGUCCAAGGUAUCUGGAACAUGUUCUAUUUCCUUACAGAUCGAGGCAGACGGCCGCCCCACACUCGACCAGUCUCAUUUUUUACUGAAGUUUCUUCAUUAGAGGGAGUUUUUCCUUGCCUCCAUCACCAAGCUGCAAUAACUUUUGUUGAGAGCACAAGAGAAAUUAAGUUGACCUAAUUUGGUUAUGUACCAGUGUACACAAAUGCCCAACCAAUCAUCUUCAAACUGGAAAUAUUAUUGGUCUGGGUGAGAGGCAAGAACCAAUUAUAUUGAACAAUAACUUACAAUAGCUGAGGUAGCUGGAAUUUGUUCCUUUUCCACACAAAUUGAGGCAAAAAAAUUUUUGUUAGAGGGAGUUUUUCCUUGCCUCUGUCACCAAACAUCCAUCUCGUGUGAAAUGGCACUAUCAAAAUAAAAUUGACUUAACUUUUCAUUUUUAACCAAUCAUCUACAAUUGGAAAUAUUGGUUUCUCGUUAACAUAGAAUCAGCCAAAGUGUUCUAAAAUUGACCACGUCAGAAAAUGUUCUUAGAAAAAAACGCAGUUGAUUUUGAAUUAUAUACAACAGUAAUAAUUGUGGUUUCAUUUUGACUAGUCUGUAAAUCACAAUUAUCUUCAAACAUGUUCAUUGCUCGUAUGGUCAGUGGCAUAUGUUGGUUUGGCAGUCAUUGCUUUGAAUCACUCACAUCUUUAAACUGGAGUGAAUGGCAAAAUAUUUAAAAGCAAGAACCCUCUUGAUUUGAAUUGCUACAUCAAAUAUCAUGACCCGAGGUAUACUGCAGAUGUCAGCCACCUCAAAACAUGUCAACUCAUCUCAACCAAUCAUCCUCAUAACCGGAAUCAGGCUGUGUCUCGGAUACAACCCUACUUGAUUUUUUAAAUGACAUCCUCCAGCUGGCAUUGGCCCUGCUAGCCCUUACAGUUUUUUAGGUUUUGUUUUGUCCCACUUUUUAAAUAAGUUGUUUUCAACAUAUAGGAAGUUUGUUUUAUGUUUAUGAGCAAUAACGCUAUUGAUUUUUUUUUCACAAUAUCCAACACACACAUUCAAGGUAUAGCUGUUAGCUCUAUAGCUGUAAAUCAGCUGCAUUAGAACAUGAUACUUUUUUUUUUACGCUUGAUAACCAUCAAACCUUCAAAUUUUUGCAAUUGUUGGCCUACAUCUGAGCAAGAGCUGCUGAUUUUCAAAAUAUCUAACAAACCACCAAAGGAGCCAGGACAUGUCCUUUUCGGCACUCAGACCAUCGUGACUUUCAACUAACUGCCCUUAGAAGUUAUAGGAGUAACUGUUCUAUGUCAGAAGAACCCUUUUUAAUGGCAGUUAAUUUAUAAGUCAUCACUUUCAAACAAUCGUUUUUCAAACUUAUAGGAAUUGUUCUAUGUCACAGCAAGAACCUUAUUGAUUUUGCAUACUUCAAAUUGGAAUUGGUCAGAGCAAGAACAAUAUUGAUUUUGAGUAACAAACAACACAUACAUUUUGGAUUAACAACAGUCAAAUCAGAGCUGUUUUUGUCACAACUUUCAAUUGAUUGUCCUAAAAAAACACAUCAGCGCAAGAACUCUUUUGAUUUUGAAGACUAUAACCCAACAUGCUGCAGAUUUUGCUCGCAGCUAACCAGCGAUGACCUCUGUUGUUUCUUUUCUGGAAGAAUAAAUGAUGCAUCAACAUUCCUUUUAGCUUUGAAGAUGUUUCUUUGUUUCAUGGCUGGAAAAGAAAUCAAAUCAAAUGAAAUCAAACAAAAAGAGAAGACGCUUCUAGUGCCAAGAUAAUGUCACUGUGUAAUUUGCACUGGCAUGCAUGACAUUUCUGCUUGUCUGCCCUCCCUGAGUAUUUUGGGAAUGUUUUGUUGUUGUUGUAUUGUGGUUCAACUUGACUCGAGAGUUCUCAAAUGCCUUCUUUGCCUCAUUGGCAAGGAUUUGUGUCAUGUAAAUGGCAAAUUAAAUGAAAUGUGGAUGCUGCUUUUUUGUAAUUCUGUUUGUUAGAAGUGAGCCAUUUCUUCGUUAAUAACUUCAUGCCCCUUUUAACGCAUCUGUGCCAAGCAACUAAAUCAACCAUCUGUUGUUCUUUCUACUUUGCAACAGUUUAAUUUCAACAUAGAUUGAACAUUUUAUAUUUUAAAUAAAAGA